AUGCUGCAGCAGUACGUGCAGCAAGCAGCAGCAAUUAGAGAUUCUCUCAGGGCAGUGCUGCUGCGGUGGAAGGAGAAGGCUCAGCAGCAGCAGCACCACCACGAGCAGCAGCAGCAGCAGCAGCAGCAGCAGCAGCAGCAGCAACAACAACAACAACAGCAGCACCUAUUCAGCAGCAACCCCAGAGUGAAUGCAAAGUACCUUUUGGGGCUGCAGCAGCUUGUAGGCGCUGCGGUGUAUGCGCAGCAGGAAAUGCAUGCGUUUGUGGGGUUUGCUCAGAACAACGCAUUGAAGCAGGGCAACUCAGCAGCUGCAGCAGCAGCGGCAGCUGCUGCUGCUGCUGAUGUUGCUGCUGGCUGCAGAAGCAGACUCUCCAGGGUCUUGCUGAUAAAAGAAGUUGCUCAAGAGCAGCUAAUUCCGCUUGAGGUGUAUCUUCUCUUCGCUCCUCCUGCAUGCAGCUUCAAUGAUAGCAACACUAUAAAAGCAAGAAAUAAAAAACCUAGCCCCACUGAAUUAUUUGCUGCUGCUGUGCGAGCAGCAGUAGCAGCAGCAGCAGCAGACGCAGCUGCAGCAGAAGCUGCAGCAGCAAAUGCACAAUCAGCAAGUGCUGCUGCAGCAAACAAUGCAGCUACAGAUGCAGCAGCAGCAGCAGCAGCUGCUGCAACAGAUGCACCAGGAACAGAUGCAGAAGCAGCAGCAGCUGCUGCUGAAAGUGCAGCUGUAGAUGCCGCUGCCGCUGCAGCAGCAGCAGCAACAACAGAUGCAGCAGCAGCAGAUGCUGCAGCAGCUGAAGGGAAAGGAUAUAAAAGAGAGCAUCACGAGAAGUAA